AUGGAUGGUCUUGAAUUUUAUCGAGCUUUCUACAAUUUGAAUUCUCGUAUAAAUAAUAUUCUAAACACUAUAUCAAAUAUCAGCUUUCAACCAAAUUCACUAACAGAUGCUAAUGAUCCAUUCAUCGAGCGAUUUUCUCGACGUGUCGGUUACCUAAAAGUUCAUCGACCCGAUUAUCUCGAUGCGACUCGAUUUUCGAACGUUCAUUCAUUAGAAUUUUACGAUUUUCUAUCUCAGCAACAAUUGGCACAAGUUCGACAUGAAUAUUUUGCUCAUCUUGUCUAUCUUCGAAUGUGCUAUAUAGAAGACUCUUGUAUUGCGUCGGCUUUCUUCCAAAUGAUUUUUUCCAAUGGAUUUCCAUCUUUGUAUAAAUGUGUUUUGGAUGAACUUACUCCACCUGAGCCCAACCACCGAUGGUUGAGUUCACCAUCACUUCACUCGCUCAUUAUUGGAGGAUUUGCUUUACCUGUGUAUUCAUUUAUACUUAUUUCUUGUUCAAAUUUGACUCAUCUACAUUGGUCGACAAUGCGAUAUACAGAUGCAGACAUUGACACUGUUCCUGUUCGACAUACUCAUCUGAAAUGCCUUUACAUUCGAACGAUAAAUAUUCGAAAAAUCGAAACUAUUCUUCUUCAUGUACCUAAUCUGAAACGAUUGCAUAUUGUUUCCGAUUGGUCUCGUGGAAAUAAUUGUCUACCACUCGAUUUUAAACAAUUGGCUCGUAUACUAGUUCGAUGUGUUCCUUAUUUGUAUCGUUUCGAUUGCGAAACAAUGCAACGAGAUCCAAUUGAUAUUGAUGUAAUUCAUGGAUAUCAUCCAUGUUUCAGACGCAUUCAAUUUGAACGCGUACCUGAUGGCCGUACAAGAUUCUUCACCAUUGAACAAAGAAAUUUGUGA